CUGAGACAGCAGCCCCAGUAUAGCUGCAGCUGAGUUUCCCCUGCACAUCCUGUUGUGGAGCAGCGCGGCUGCAGUCAGGACCCGCCGCCCGCUCCUUCCCAGGCCCCUGUGAGCGAGGACAGGGCCCGGCUCUGAGACGCUGUCCCCCCUCCCCACGUAGCGGAAAGAAAGACACUGACGCGAGCGGGAACGUCCCAGCGGUCCCUGAUGAUGGGGUGCUGCCUCUUCGUGCACCACAGGAAGAAACGGAAACAGAGGAGAAGGGAUGCCGACUCCCUCAGCCUGUGCAGCCUGGACAUCAAUGAGCCCAGUAACAAGAGGGUGAAGCCCCUGUCCCGGGUCACCUCUCUGGCCAGCCUCAUCCCCCCGGUGAAGGCGGCGCCCCUGAAACGAAUUGGGCAGACGCUGCAGCGUUCCAUCAGUUUCCGCAGCGAGAGCCGGACGGAGGCGGCCCCGCCGCGGCCAUGGAGCCGGCACGCGCCCCCCGCCAUCACCAAGCGCCGCGACAGCAAGCUGUGGAGCGAGACCUUCGAUGUGCGGCUGGGCCAGAUGCUGUCCUCCAAGGAGAUCAAGCGGCAGGAGGCCAUCUUCGAGCUCUCCCAGGGGGAACAGGACCUGAUUGAGGAUCUGAAGCUGGCCAAGAAGGCCUACCACGACCCUAUGCUGAAGCUGUCAAUCAUGACUGAGCAGGAGCUCAACCAGAUUUUUGGAACCCUGGACUCUCUCAUCCCACUACACGAAGAUCUGCUGAGUCGACUGCGAGAGGCCAGGAAGCCCGACGGCUCCACGGAUCAUGUGGGCCACAUCCUGGUCAGCUGGCUACCCUGCCUGGACUCCUACAACAGCUACUGCAGCAACCAGGUGGCGGCCAAGGCGCUGCUGGACCACAAGAAGCAGGACCACCGCGUGCACGACUUCCUGCAGCGCUGCCUGGAGUCGCCUUUCAGCCGCAAGCUGGACCUGUGGAACUUCCUGGACAUCCCGCGCUCGCGGCUGGUCAAGUACCCGCUGCUGCUGCGCGAGAUCCUGAAACACACGCCCAACGACCACCCCGACCGGCAGCACCUGGACGAGGCGAUCAGCAUGAUCCAGGGCAUUGUGGCAGAGAUCAACGUGCAGACGGGUGAAUCCGAGUGCCGCUACUACAAGGAGCGCCUGCUGUACCUGGAGGAGAGCCAGAGGGACCUGCUGAUCGACAGCUCCCGCGUUCUCAGCUGCCACGGGGAGCUCAAGAACAACAGAGGCGCGAAGCUCCACGUGUUCCUGUUCCAGGACGUGCUGGUGAUCACCCGCGCCGUCACGCACAACGAGCAGCUGUGCUACCAGCUGUACCGGCAGCCCAUUCCCGUGCGCGAGCUGGAGUGGGAGGACCUGCAGGACGGGGAGAUCCGGCUGGGUGGCUCCAUCCGGGGCGCCUUCAGUAACAACGAGAGGACCAAGAACUUCUUCCGGGUGACGUUCCGCAGCGGGGCGCAGCUCCAGACCUACUCCUUCCAGGCCAGCGACACCUUCAACAAGCAACAGUGGCUCAACUGCAUCCGGCAGGCGAAGGAGGCAGUGGCGGCAGGCGGAGUGACGGGCGGAGGAGACCCCGACCUCCCGCGCUCCCCCCGGCCGAGCUCAGGACAGGUGGCCCCCAGGCCGGAGAGCAUGGAGCACAGCGACAGCGAGGUGUCGGACUGUAGCAUGGACACCAGCGAGCCGGGCGCCGACUGCCCCCAGAUGGAGCACACAGACUCGAGCAGCACACCUGCGGAGGUUUGACCUCCGGGACAGACGCCCUCCCCAACACUCCCCUUUGCUCAGAAGCAAGCCUGUACAGUAUUGGAAACCCCACCCCGGAGUGGACUGCAGUAUAUGGAAAGCACUUCUUCUUCCUCCUCUGUUUCCUUUGUAGAGUUUUCAUUCUCUCUCCUUUUUUCCACUCUCUCU